GUGUUGUUAGAGGCUUAGGCUUCGACGAGUUUCUCUGAAUCGGUUUUUGACUGAAAAUUACCUAAAAUUACAAUUUUAUAAAAAUAGAAACAAAAAUAAAUCCCUGAAAAUCAAGUCUUUAUUUCUGUUUGGACGGUAAUUGUUGUUGGGGGUGCAAAUUUUCGCUGUCCCGUCGCGAGGAAAGAGAAACAAAGGAGGGAAAGAUUUAAUAGUCUCUCGUUUGAAAACAAAGUAUCGAGCAUGGGUUGUUUCGGGUGCUCUGGGAUUUCAGGCGAAGAAUCAGAGCACCCAAGAAACAAGAAGAGCAAAAGGAAUGAUAACAGCAGCAAUAAAAGCAAACCCCAAAGACACGCCAGUCCCGAUUCCUCGAAAGAGACAGUAAAGAAGGAAGAAGCACCCAAGAGUGAACAGUUAUUGUUGUGUGUAAAGAAUUUGGCUUUGAAUGCUGAGGUUUCUUUGGAUGGAAAAGCUACCAAGGCACACUCAUUUACAUUCGAUCAGGUCAUAGCAGCCACGGGCAACUUCAGGUUGGAUUAUUUCUUGGGUGAAGGAGGUUUCGGAAAAGUUUACAAGGGUUUCUUGGAGGAAACGAACCAGGUUGUUGCUGUUAAGCAACUUGAUCAAGAUAGUCUUCAGGGGACGAGGGAAUUUGUUGCUGAAGUAUCGACAUUAAGUACAGCUGAGCACCCAAAUCUGGUGAAAUUGAUAGGGUUUUGUGCUGAGGACAAACAAAGACUUCUGGUUUACGAGUACAUACCAUUAGGGUCUUUGGAAAACCAUCUACAUGAUCUCGAACCUAACCAAAAACCUCUUGAUUGGAACACAAGGAUGGCAAUAGCAGCUGGUGCAGCGAGGGGCUUAGAGUAUUUGCAUGUUAAAAUGAAGCCCCCUGUCAUAUACCGUGACUUGAAAUGCUCCAAUAUUUUGCUUGGUGAGGGAUAUCAUUCGAAGCUCUCUGAUUUUGGCCUAGCCAGAGUUGGCCCCAGUGGGGACAAGACUCAUGUUUCUACAAGGGUUAUGGGCACCUAUGGUUAUUGUGCACCGGAUUAUGCAAUGACUGGACAGCUGACAUUUAAAUCCGAUAUUUACAGCUUUGGGGUUGUCCUCUUGGAACUAAUUACUGGUAGGAAAGCAUUCGACCAUUCGAGAGAGCGUGGGGAACAAAAUCUUGUUAGUUGGGCACGGCCUCGGUUCAAAGACCGUAGGAAUUUUUCGGAUAUGGCCGACCCUCAGCUACAGGGUCAAUAUCCUAUGAAAGGUCUCUACCAAGCAUUCGCCGUUGCUGCAAUGUGUGUUCAGGAGCAACCUAGUCUGCGUCCGGCCAUAUCCGACUUGGUUAAUGCUCUGAAUUACCUAGCCUCCCAGAAAUAUGACCCCGACAAUCAUGUUGAGAGCUCACGAAGGAGCAAGGCAUCGUCACUGCUGAAUUACAAUCACUCUAACAGAGCAGUUGCAGAUCGUGAUUUCAAGAGCUUCUGAGCAAGAGAAAAUAAAAGCGGCGUAUAUACUUCUCGUGUUGCCGGAUUAUCGGUUUUUGCACCACACAAGGUAACCGGCACACUUUCCCUCCUUAAUCUCUGUCAUACAGAGACUCUCUCUUUGUUUCUUUUCCGCUCUGCUGGUGUACAUCUGAGUUAGGGUUCUUGUAGGAACCAUUGUCUCCCCCUCAAAGCAACAAAACUUGCUUCCUACUUAAACAAGUAAACCAUAAAUGUUUACUGUGAAAAUGAAUUUCUCACAUAUUUUUCUUU